GCUGCGUAUGGCCAGUGUGUCAUUGAAUUUGACUUCAUUCAGCAAGCUCUUUUACAAAUUUUUGUUGUGAAGUGUUGAUAAUUAUUUUAAAAUGGCGCAAAGGAAGUCUUUUAUGUUUUAUUUGGCUGUAGUACUGGUUGUACUCAGCGCCCUGACACAGGAGGCUGAGGCAAGGAGAAAAAUUCUCAGAGGCAGGCGUGUAAUGACACGUAAUUACUACCAUGGCAAUGCGGUACCUGCUUGGGCAAUUAGUUUGAUGGCAGGCAUAGGAAUGCUUAUCGUUGGCGGAAUACUCUACGUAGUGAUGCGUAAACUCGUACUUUCUGCGGAGACGGGGUCUAUGAAUACCUAUCAACCAGCGAUGCAGGCUGAAGAAGUUUGAAUACGAAAAUAAUAUGCUUUUUACAUUUUAGGGCGUCCGCGGAUUUCUACUACAAUUGGUUUUGUUGAAUCAACAUUUAUGGCAAACACGCACAGGCAGCGAACGCCUUUAGUAUAGAAGUAUUAAGAAUAACA